AUGGGAGCGUCCACUUCAUCGGAGCCGAGGGUUUCGGCGGAAAAGGAAGAGGCGGAGGCCGUCGCAUCCUCCACCGGAGCUCUUCCAAUGCUUCAGAAAGCUUUCUCCAAGCUCGCCGAUCCGCAAACCAACGCCGUUCCGUUAGAAAGUCUACAGCAACGCUUUAGUUUUGCUGGCGAAGGAAGUAACGUGCCAGAUUCGUUGACGGUGAUGUUGGCUCACUUAGGCUCAACCCUAGUGGAUCAAUUUUUCGUGCCAGAUAAAGGGGGUAUAAUAAACUGGGUUGAAUUUGUUGAGGGUUACAACAAGUGCUGUGCGAGGGUGUCCGCGUCGGUUUCUCUAAACAUGCUUUUGAGAGUGUUUGUUGCAAUCUCAAAAUGUGCUAAUGUACCUGUGCAUUUGGAGUUUGAAUCAGGGGAUGCUGAUUGUAAGAUUAACGGCCACUUUCUUCCUAAUGACGUGUUUUUGCUUCUUGCCCUGUGUUGGGCUAUGACAUGGAGUUCUAGAAACUUGAAGGGGGGAAGGAAUCUAAGACUACCGGAUCUGAAUCAUUUGGUGUUGUCGGUGAUCACAUCGUGUGGUCAAGUUGAAGGUUUGGAUGUGUGGGACUGUGAUAUCUCUAGUUUGGAGGUUCAGCUUCCUGCGGGGAAAUUCGUAACGUGGGUUAUGAGUACCGUCCCGUGCCUCGCCGAUUGCUUGAGACUGUAUUUUCAUGCUAGACUGCAAAUGGCGGGAAUUGAUGGGGUUGAAUUGGCUUCCUCUAAUUCCUCCCGUGCUGGAGAUAUUUCAUCAAUAGCUGCACAUGAUUAUCUUUUGACCCAAGGAAGGGCAUGGGCAAUUUCUAUCACCCAGAGAAGUACAGUAAGUGAAGAGAUUUCUAGAGCAUUUAUAAGCAAUGAAGGUGGAAUGGAUGAUAACCUUGUUUAUAGGUCAGCCACUCAUGGAAGAGGCCUUGGCAGAUUUUGGUCCCGUAUUGAAGGUUACAAAGGUCCUUUGUUAGUUUUGAUAUCUGCAAGUUCAGGAGAACCUCAUGAAGGAAAUUCUGUUGAUAGGAAAUGGGUUAUAGGUGCUCUAACUGAUCAAGCUUUUGAAACUAAAGAUACCUUCUAUGGAAACACUGGAUGUUUAUAUUCUAUUGGCCCAGUGUUUCAUGUGUUUCCGCCUGUUGGUAAGGAAAAAAAUUUUGUUUAUAGCCACUUGCAUCCUACUGCUAAAGUUUACCAACCGCAUCCAAAGCCAGUUGGUGUUGCAUUUGGAGGAGCUCUGGGAAAUGAGAGAAUAUUUAUAGAUGAAGAUUUUGCAAAAGUGACUGUUCGCCAUCAUGCCAUUGACAAAACUUACCGCAGUGGAUCCCUCCUUCCGGAUCAGGGUUUCCUACCUGUUGAGGGUCUGAUUUCAGAAGUUGAAGUUUGGGGACUUGGUGGUAAAGUAGCGAAGGAAGUGCAGAACUCCUACAAAAAGAGAGAAGAACUUUUCACUGAGCAAAGAAGAAAAGUUGACUUGAAGACCUUUGCAAGUUGGGAGGAUUCACCUGAGAAAAUGAUGAUGGACAUGAUAUCAGAUCCAAAUGCUGUUCGAAGGGAAGACCGCUGA